GCCUCUCCCCAGCCCUGUGCAUGGUAGGGGGACCAUGAUGUCUGGCGGAGACCAGGAACCAGAUCACUACUAUGUGGGCAUCGAUGUGGGAACAGGAAGUGUCCGUGCAGCUCUAGUGGACCAGAGAGGGGUCCUUUUGGCUUUCGCGGAACAGCCAAUUAAGAAGUGGGAGCCCCAGUUCAACCACCACGAGCAGUCCUCAGAGGACAUCUGGGCAGCAUGUUGCCGUGUCACGAAGGAAAUUGUUCAAGGGAUUGAUGCCCACCGAAUCCGAGGACUUGGUUUUGAUGCCACCUGUUCUCUGGUUGUCUUGGACAAAGAGUUCCAUCCUUUACCAGUAAACCGUGAAGGGGAUUCCUCUCGAAAUAUUAUUAUGUGGCUGGACCAUCGGGCUGUCAGCCAGGUUCACAGGAUCAAUGAGACCAAGCACAGUGUUCUUCAGUAUGUGGGUGGUGUGAUGUCUGUGGAGAUGCAGGCCCCAAAGCUCCUGUGGCUGAAGGAAAACUUGAGAGAGAUUUGCUGGGAUAAGGCGGGACAUUUCUUUGAUCUCCCAGACUUCUUAUCAUGGAAGGCAACAGGUGUCACAGCACGGUCUCUCUGCUCCUUGGUGUGCAAAUGGACAUACUCUGCAGAGAAAGGUUGGGAUGACAGCUUCUGGAAGAUGAUUGGAUUGGAAGAUCUCAUUGGGGAUAAUUACAACAAAAUAGGAAAUCUUGUCUUGCCUCCUGGAGCUUCUCUUGGAAGUGGGCUAAUACCAGAAGCAGCCAGAGAGCUGGGCCUUCCUUCGGGAAUUGCGGUGGCAGCCUCACUCAUUGAUGCCCACGCAGGAGGACUAGGAGUGAUUGGAGCAGAUGUGAGAGGUCACGGGCUCACCUGUGAGGGACAGCCAGUGACAUCAAGGCUGGCUGUCAUCUGUGGAACUUCAUCUUGUCACAUGGGGAUCAGCAAAGAUCCAAUCUUUGUACCAGGUGUCUGGGGACCUUAUUUCUCAGCCAUGGUGCCUGGCUUCUGGUUGAAUGAAGGCGGUCAGAGUGUGACUGGAAAAUUGAUAGAUCACAUGGUGCAGAGCCAUCCUGCCUUUCCUGAACUACAAGCCAAGGCCACAGCCAGAUGCCAGAGUAUAUAUGCAUAUUUGAACAGUCACCUGGAUCUGAUUAAGAAGGCACAGCCUGUGGGUUUCCUCACUGUUGAUUUACAUGUUUGGCCAGAUUUCCAUGGCAACCGGUCUCCCUUAGCAGAUCUGACUCUGAAGGGCAUGGUCACUGGGCUGACGCUGUCUCGGGAUCUUGAUGAUCUUGCCGUCCUCUACCUGGCCACUAUUCAAGCCAUUGCUUUCGGGACUCGCUUCAUCAUUGAGACCAUGGAAGCAGCAGGACAUUCUCUUAGUACCCUCUUCUUAUGUGGAGGCCUAAGCAAGAAUCCCCUUUUUGUGCAAAUGCAUGCUGACAUUACUGGCAUGCCUGUGGUUCUGUCACAAGAGGUGGAGUCUGUCCUCGUGGGAGCUGCUAUUCUGGGUGCCUGUGCCUCAGGGGACUUUGCUUCUGUGCAGACAGGAGAGAGCCUUCCUGAGACCUGCUCUGUGGUGACUGAUUUCUUUCUUAGUGCCUUUGUCAUGGAGUGAGUGUGUGCCUGCCUAGGCAAACAGCUCUGUCACAAGGGGGGGCGAUCAAAAACAGAAAAGCUCCUGGAGAACUGACAAUCAGAUUCCAAAGGAGAUUUUGUCUUACUCCCUCACUCCUUCCCCCUUUACUGUGGCCUGAACAACAUCCUCACCAAGACUCAUAGCCCUUCUUCUGUUUCUAAUCGCCCUUCUCCUCCUCCUCCUUUGCUUUGAUUAGGGUCUCUCUUCCUUUCUCAAGUGACUUGGGGUAGUGCCAAAAUCUCCUGCCACCUUCCGUGGGAUUGUUCCACACUGGUCACGCACUCAGUCUCUCACAGCCCCGCUUUCUGUCAUAGAACCCCUACCUCCUAAUCUGAUGUCUUUUUCAUUUCCCAGUUCUAUUCCCUGUUUGUAUCACACCACAGUCAGUGGUUUGGACAAAUGUGUAUAGCACGAUGUAGAUACAAUUGCAGUAUGGUGUGGAAGACUGUUAACUGCCCUGCAAAGAAGGUGUUUGAUCUCUUAAGUGUCACCUAUUUAAUCCUCCACCCCUUCCCCUGAGCUCCUGGCAACACCCACCCUUUCACAGUUCUGUCUUUUCCAGAACAUCAUGUGCUCAGAACCAUGCGGCAGGGGACCUUCAUACAUGUGUGCUCUGUUCACUUAGUAAUGUGCAUUUGUAACUAAUCCCUGUCCUCUCCAAGCUUCGGCACACUUCUUUCAUUGCUGAAUACUGCUUCCUGGUCUACUGUACACUGAACUCCUGAAGGACACCCUUGUUCCCUACAGAAUGAGUGAUUAUAAAUAAAGCUGCUUUGAAAUUUCACCUGAAAAUCUGUAGAUGUGUUCAUAACUUAAAAAAAAAAUGGUUGGGUAAACAGCUAGGAACACAAUUGCUGGGUUGUGUGGAGAGACUGUAGUUAGCUUUGCGGUCAAUACCAAACCUCUUGCAAGGUGACUGCACUCCUCUGCUUCUCCCUGGCAAAGAUGGAGGAUGCCCUUCCACGUCAUUUCCUCAUUUGACACUGUCCUGCAUGCAUGUAUACCUCACUGCCAUAGGUGUGCAGCUGUGUGUCUGUGUAUCUGAAGUUCUCGUACCCUGGUGAGAAAUAGUGUUAGGGAUCUGGGCAGGCUCCUUUUCCUUCUGCUUAUCUACUUCUCAAAAUAUAUUCAUAUCCUGUGCACACUACCUUCCUCCUUGGAUUGUUCCUCUCAUUUUAGAGUUUUAUGUGUUCUUUUUGUACGUGGACUAGAAGUUCUUUGUGAGAUGUGUUUUCUUCAGUUCUGUGGCCCCUGGUCGUCUUCUUUUACAGUAAUACCUACCUGAGCUGCUAGAGAUCCAGUUUUACCACUUUUGUUCUCUCAUGGAUGAUUUUGGCCUUGUAUCUAUGAUUUUUUUUCUUUUUCUGCCAAAUCUUGUUUGUUCAUUUGUUUGUCUGUUUUCCCCUUUAUGUUGCUGUUGGUACUCUGAAUGAGAUAUGCCUCCCACAUGCUCCUGCGUUUGAACAUGUGGUCCCCACUUGGUGGUGCUGUUUGUGGAGGUUAUGGAACCUUUAGGAGGGACAGCCUUGCUGGAGGAAGGGAGGGCAUGGAGCAGACUUUAAGGACUGAUAACCUCACCCCCACCUCUGGUCCCGGCUUUUUCCUGUGUGUGGAUGAAAAUGUGAUCAGCCAACUAACUACUAUUACCAUACCCGGCCUUCCCUACCAUAACGACCUCAGUCCCUCUGGAAGUAUAAGCCAAAAUGAACACAUUCUUCAGUUGCUUUUGGUUGUGGUAUGUUAUCACAGCAACAAAAACAGUGCUAACAUGUUCUUUGACCUUUGCAGUCUUGUCUCAUAUGGAUGUGUUUGGCAGACAUUUUGAGCUAUUUUGUAAACAGUCUUUUGGUGACAAGAUUCAAUGUUGUAACAUUGGCGUAGGAACCGUUGAAAAGAUCUCCUAUGUCCUCUGGAUCCCCUUUACUCCUGUAUCAAAGGCUGGUUAGCUCUUCCUGUGAAUCUGUUUAGGUCUUACUGCUCUGUUUCCACAAUCUAUUUCUCACCGAUUUCAUGAUUUCCUGAUUAUUGUGGCUGUAUAGUAAAUGCCAUCAGUAUCAUGGUGAUAAAUCUAGGCUUUGUUUGUCUUCCCAUUGUAACUUGUUUGACAGGGUCUCAUAGAGAACUUUCUGACCUGGAAUUCAUGCUGGCCUUGAGCUUUCAAUUCUGCUGCCUCAGACUCCUAAAUGCCUGUAUUACAGGUCAGUAUUACCAUGCCUGUCCUUCAAAGUCAUAUGAUUGAUAUUUACAGACUAACCGCUGAGAAUUCAGUGGUAUUCUAUGAAGACUGUAGAUCCAGGGUGAGCAUUAGUCACUUUAACAUCAUCUAGCCUGAGAGUGCAGAUAAUUCCUUCUCCAUGUCUUUGGAUCUCUUCUCACUUUCCCUUUGUGAUCCUGUAGGAUUCCAUGUGUAGAGCAUGUGCCGUUAUGGUUACAAUGAUGCCCACCUUUAUUUUUGUGGCCUGUUAUUGUCGAGUAGGUUUUAAAUUCACAUUACAACUUGUUGUCCAUGGCAGUUGCUAGAAACCUGCUGAAUUGUGUGUAUUGACCUAAUGUCCUGAUACCCACCAUGCCGGCUUAGUAGCUGCUGCCAGUGUGCUUGCUGUUCAGAAUGUUGAUUCCUUGGGAGAUUUUUGUCAAGCCAUCUAAAAGCAAAGAGAUCUGUUUACUCCUUUUUAAUCUAUGUGCUUUUUCGUUUUCUUAUCUUACUGUACGGUCUAUGACUUAAGUACAGUCUUGGUAAGGCUGGUGAGAAAUGAUAUCUUUAUUCAUUCCCAAUCUUAGGGCAGAAAAUCCAGUUUUUCACCAAGUGUUUAGCAGUGAGCUUUACCAAAUUGAAGAAGUUCCCUAUAUCCUUAGGUUCCCAGCAACGUCAAGUCAUAAAUGAUAAUUUCAUUAGAUUUUUUUCAAAUAAUUCUAUUUAUUAAUAUGCUUUUUGUAUAUCUGACUUGCUUAUGCAGUGCAUUUUUAUGUUAAUUUAACCUUGCAGCUGUUUUGAUGUUCAUUUCUUGUACACAUCCUUUAUUUCUCAUUGUUAUACUGACAGGGUUUGGGGUCUGAGGACUAAGGACUUUGGAUUUGGAACUUCAUUUUGCAAUAUCUUUGUCCAUGUCAGUGUCAGAGUCAUGUUGGCCUCAGGAUAAGUUGUAGAGUUUUCUCCUUCAUCUAGGCUUCUGUAGGUGGUAGGGAAGUAGAUAAACCUUUGUGCCUAAAUAUUUGGUUAUAUUUAGAAGUAAAACUAUCUGGGCCUGGUGUUCUGUUUUUAUGAAAUUUUAUUGAUUAUUGUUUGAGUUUCUCUAAUAGAUACGGCUCUAUUUAGUUUACUUAUCUUUGUGAAUUUUAGUACUUUGCUUUUUAUUUCAAGGAAACAAUCCAUUUUAAAAUCUGUGGGCAAGGAUUUAUAGAUUUAAAAUCUCUAGAAGGGAAAAAAAAAUUCAGCCCCGUGUUGAAGACUCUUCAAGAUUGACUGGUUUUAAUUUUUUGACUAUGUAGAGUUAGAAUGUUGCAGUUCCAGGGGGCAAUUCGGGCUCUUUGUAGUCUCUGUGAAAGCUAUUCAUCUCCCAGCCGUGUCUGACCUAACAUCUCUAUGACUAUCAAGACCUUCACUGUAUUCUUAGCAGACUACUAGCUCCCACUAAUCCCUAAACAAAGAUGGCAUCAGGCAGCUGAAAUUUAACAGCUGACAUUUCCUAUGUGUAGCUCACCUGUAGUUCCGAGCGAUGAACGUGUGCCUUGACUAUUGCUCUCUGUGCCCUAGAAUUAAUGUACUCUCUCAUGUCAGUACUUCCACAAUGGACCUGGAUCCAUGUUUCCGAACCCUGGUCACUUGUAUUUGGCUUAAGAACAAAGUGUUUCUUACUCUCUUUUAAGUGAGCGCUGUAUUACAUAAUUGAAUUUCUGAUGUUAGUCUGUCUGUUUGUUUGUUUGUUUUGUUUUGUUUUUGAGACAGAGUUUCACUUUAUGGACCAGGCUGGUCUGGAACUCACAGAGAUCCUCCUGCCUCUGCCUCCUAGGCGUUGGGAUUAAAGGAGUGAGCUAGCUUACCUUCUGUGGUUAGUAACUUGUCAAUUUAACUAAUGUAUUCAAGAAACGAGUUUUAGCCUUUGUUUCUUGAUUGCUUCCCUGUGCCCCAAUUUUAGAUUUUUGUUUUGGUCCCUGUGGUUUCCGAAGCUUGCUAUGAACUUACAUCACUCUACUUCUUAACUGACUUUCUAAAUAGAUAUAAAUUUUCCUCUGAAAAGUGCUUUUGUUACAGUCUAAAAAACUUGGUAAAAAAAAUAUUUUAACUUCUCAUAAGAUUUCUGUUCCUGACCUGUGUGAUAUCUGGAAGUUAAGUUGUUUGCUAUGCAAAUAUUGAAGGUUUUCUUACCCAUCUGUUAUUUCUGGCUUAAUUCUCUUUUAUUAUUUGAAAGCAUAGUCAGUAUUUCUGUUCUUUUCUUUUUUCUUACUGUUUUUCUUUUAUUAUUCAGAGGAAAGCAGCCUCGGUUAGGGCUUCAUGACCUUGGGAAGAAUCUGGGUCUGCUUUAGUCUGUGUCUCAUCAACUGCAUCAAAUUGAUUGACAGUCACACUCGGGAUUUACUUACUCUGUCUUUUCGACGAUCAAUUGAAGUCUGAAGUUUGAACCGUCAUGGUGAAUUGGUCUCUUCCUCUUUGCGGUUGUCGAGUUUUGUGUUUACUCUGACAUUCUGUGAAUAUGUACACACUAAGGAUUGUUUCUUCUCAUGGAGAAUUUAUCAUCACCAGUUGCCACUCUGCGUUCCAUAAAUCCUUCUUUGUCCCCAGAUCCUUCUUAGUCUGAAAUUUAUAGAACCAUGUCAAACCUGUGACAAGAAGGCUAAGUCUCUGAGGAUCAAAGAGUAUUCCAAAGACCUUUUUGGAGAAUCCGGGGACUGCAGGCUUGUGACCUAAGAGUAGUGCAAACACAACACUUACCAUAAAGCAAGCAAAACACGAGGCGAUGUUUGCAGACUUCACGGAAAUAUAAGUAGAGGGAGGGAAUACACCUGGUGUUGUGUCUUACCACCUUUGUGUACAUGAAAAAAGCCAAGAAUACUCUUCCCAGACCUUUGCUUUCUCAGAGAUAAUGUGAACAUGCCAGGGCAAUCCUUUCUGGAAGAGACCAUGUGGGGAGAUUAUUCUGUCCUCUGCCCCAUUUGUAGUUCACAGCUUCCCUACACAGGCUCUCACACAACUGCAGCUCUCCUUUGAAUGACAUGAAAUACCUUUUCCCACUCUCAGUUUCCAUCAGUCUUUAGCAGUCUUUCAAUUUACAUCAGGUUUCCUAUAGGCCUUGCUUUUUUCUAAUUGACUGCAGGAAGCUUUCUUUCUUUUUGUCUGUCUGUCUGUCUUCCUUUCUUUCUUCUUUCUUUUUUGGUUCGUAAUACAUAUUUUUUUCUAGAAAAUAUCUUGUUAUUUUUUAAAUUGUUUUAUUUAUUUACAUUCCAAAUGUUGCCCCUCUUCCCCGUCUCCCCUCCAAGAGUUCUUUACCCCCUCCCUCUUUGCCUCUGAGAGGGUGCCAUCCUUCACCCCACCCUCCCACCACCACCUCAACCCCCACCACAUCCCCUUUCCUUGGGGCAUCAAGUCUCCACAGGAUUAGAUACAUCCUCUCCUACUAAGGUCAGACAAGGCAGAUGUGCUACAGAUGUGCCCAGAGCCAUGGACCAGUCCAUGCAUGCUCUUUGGUUGGUGGCUCAGUCUCUGGGAGCUUCCAGGGUUCUGGGUUAGUUGAUGCUAUUGUUUAUCCUAUGGGGAAAACAUCCCCUACAGUUCCUUCAAUCCUUUCCCUAACUCUUCCACAGGGAUCCAGGAAAGGAGGGACUGGGUUGGGAGAUGGGAGGAGGAGGGGAAGGGGGACAGGAUUAGGUAUUGGGAGAAAACAGGAGAGAAGGCCAGAGGGUCAGGAGAAUGAAUGGAAAUAUGCAGCUGCAGGGGUGGAGAGGGGAGAACCUCUAGAAAGUCCCAGAGACCUGGGAUGUGAGAAGCUCCCAGGACUCAAUGGGGAUGACCUUAGCUGAAAUGCCUAACAGUGGGAAGUUGGAAUCUGAAGAGACCACCUCCCAUAUAAAGAUAGGGCCUCAAUGGAGGGAAGGGGUCUGUUCCAAUCAGAAGCUGCUUACAGCCAGCCUCUGAAUCCAGCAAUGAUGCCAUCCCUAGGUGAAAAGGACCUCCUGCCUCUGUUGUGCAUGCAGGUAGGAUUUGCUGAAGGAAGCAGAGGCAGGAGGGAAAUGGGGAGAGAGGAGGAAGAGGGUAAGGGGCAAGAGUGACCUCCCAACUUGGGAUCCAUCCCACACCCAGGCACCAAACCCUGACACUAUUACUGAUGCCAUAUUGUGUCUGCAGACAGGAGCCUAGCCUCUGAGAGGCUCUACCAGCACCUGACUGAGACAGAUGCAGAUACUUACAGCCAACCAUUGGACUAUGGGAAACUCUUAACCAAUAUAUUCAUGCUAUUAACAUUUAAAGUGAUUACUGAUACAGAUGGAUAAGUAUGUACUCUUUUACAUUUGCUGUAUAUAUUCAUAUCUUGCCCCCCUUUAUGAGAUGGGGUCUUCUUGUGUCCCCCAAGCUGUCCUGAAAUUUACAAUCUUCCUGCCAUGCCCUAUAGAGUAUAGAGUAUAGGAAUAAUACAGGUGUGUUCUACCAAACCCACAAUUUUUAUUCUUAAUCAACUCAAUCUUUUGUCUUUUUGUUUCUAGGGAUACUGAGGUUAUGUUGCCCCAUGGGUCUCAAUCUGAUUUCUUGGCCCCAGCAGUCCUUUGCCUGGCUCUGACAACAGCGGAGGGGGCUACAGUCAUUCCUCCCUGCACUUAUUCUUCAUUUCUUCUCUUUUCCCUUCUGCUUCUUCUAGUUCUCAUUGCAUAUUUCUCGUGAUCCCAUCUUAUCCCUCUCUUAGAAUAUCCGUCAUGCUUAAAAGCAGUUGCUAACAACUGCCCUAACCUGUGCAGUGUGUAUGACAUGUCCACCCCUAGCUCUGCUCGUAGCUCCCCGUCACUCACACAGAGCAGUUACGUGAGGGAGCGCUGUCAGGUCCACCCUGCCAUGUGCUUUCAUCACAUAGUGCUAGCAUUGCUCUUGAAGGGGGAUUGGAGGCGGCCAAUUAUUAGAGAUUGGUUAUUGACUUAGUUACCGGCUUACGUACAGCCCCGCUUAUGCUGCUUAUGUGCUGAAUUUUGAUUUCAUUUACUACUCGGGACAAAAUAUCAGAGACAGCUGAAAUGAUGGCUCUUUGACCUUAACCACCUGCUGACUGCCACAUAUACUUCUAUUAAAUCUUGCUUCCUUGCCUGCCCCACCUCGUAGGUUUACAGUAGCCAUGAGCCUACACACUGGGCCUAGCAGUGAAGCCUGUAUCCAAGGGUGACAUCUCUCUCCAUACACACUGGCAUCGGAGUACCUAUUCCAGAAAGAUUACCAUAGCACUUUAUUUUUAAAUUUUAAAUUUAUUUUUAAAAAAUUUGCAUACAGAGUAAUGGGCUUUGGUUUCAUAUAUAUCAUUUUAAUUUUUGUUUAAUGUCUGCUGUCCUUGCAGAGGUAUAAUAUUUUGACUAAGGACAGGAACAUAGCUCAGUCAGUAAAGUAUAUGCCUUGAAAGCACAAAGAUCACAGUUCAAUACCCAGAACCCACAUUAACCAAAAAAAAAAAAAAAAACCUUCAGGCAUGGUAUAUGCUUAUAAUGCCAGGGCUGUGGAGGCAGAGGCAGGUAGAUAUUGGAACGUCCCAGGCCACUUGUAGACUGUCUCAGAAGACAAGGUAGACACCUCCUGAGGAACACACAUGCACGUACGUAAAUCUCAGUACUCAUAUGGGCUUGUGUCUCUCUACAUAUACACACUUCCACUGUAAUAACUAAAGGGGGACUAAAGCCAGGAUACAACUCUUCUUUGUAACUAGAUAAAGCUUCCAAAGUCCUUCUCUUGCAGAGAGGUCUUGUCCUGGGCAACUCCGUGGUUUGUUCCUGAUACUUCCUCUUUCCCUCAUUCUGUCAGAGCUGUAAGCAGACCAUUCUUGGCUUUCAUGGUAAGAAACUGAUAGGAUCUUCGGGGUAAACUCAUAAAAGCCUGCCCUCCCCUCACUUAGGUUGUGGUCAUCAGAAGUUUCUCUCUCAGUCGUCCAUAUUCAGCCCCCAACUCUUCAAGCUGUCACCUAAAUGUCACUGCUGGUCCUGGCCAUCACUAGCUGUGAAUGGGUUCUCUGGGUUUUAGGGUCCAAGUUUGCACUUUAUCCUCAGUUUUCUAAGUGAUUCAACUCAAGAAGAGUGUGUGGUUGGCAGUUUGCCGCUCCUCCUAUUGUCUGGAUCUCAUGUGCUGGAGCUGCAAUCAGGAGUCUCUGUGUUCCCUUCGGAGAGGUGGUGGUUAGGUUUUUGAGACAGGGUUUCUCAGUGUAGCCCUAGAUGUCCUCAGACUCACUCUGUAGACCAGACUGGCUUCAGACUCAGAGAUCUGCCUGCCUCUGCCUCCUGAGUGCAGGGACUAAAGACAUGCACCACCAGCCGGGCUACUCUAUUUCUCUACUGUUGCCCUAACUCCUUUUAUUUGAACGUAUGCAUUUCCUAAUGGGUUUCCAAAUCUCCCUGAUACAAUGUAAACUUCUGGAAGUAAGCCCUGUGUCUGUUAUAGUCAUGGCUGUAUGACUCAGAGUAAGGACUGAGUAAUAUUGGUCAUGUGGACUAAUUAAUUCACUGAGCACACUCGGAAACUGGCCACUGGGCUUGGUACAGAGGUUCAAUCAAAACAGAAACAUGUCUGUAGUUAUCACAGGGGUUUCUUUGUAGGCUAUACAUCCCCUGUGGAUAAAAGUACUGAAAGGUUAAGGACAUGAAAUCUGACACAGUUGGCAGAGUGGUAAAACAUCUCUGAAGGGAGGCUUCUGUGUUGUCUAGAAUGAAGGAUUAGCAGCUUUUAGCUUACGUGAAGGGGAAUGACCUUGAGAAGGGAUCGCACAGACCCGCUGAACUAUGAGUCACUUUACAGCAAGUGACUUCCUUCAGCUACCUCCCUUUCCACGCAAGGCAUAUCACUGUUAGUUCAUUGCACAUCAGAAGACCCAGUCUUAGAUGCUUUCCUUGAGUGGGCAAACUGCCGCUGCCGCUGAGCAAUGGGGCGAGUCAUUUUCUCUACUGUGGAGAUGAGUCAGGCUGGGCUCAAAGGGUCCUAAGGAGCCAAGCUUGCACUGAUCAGCCUCCUCCGUUAUUCCAAGAUGCACUUGGACUGUGCUGUCAUUGUUUGCUUCUCACAGAGAGCUGAGCCCCCAAAAUAGAAAGAUAAAAAUCAGAGCUGCUUUGCAAAUGCCCACAAAGCCACUGGGGGGGAGUUCCCCAAAGAAGGCGGGAAAGAAAAAUAAAUGUGGGCUUCUUCUCUUGAAACCUCAUCUCAGUGAGCCAGGCCUUCCCGGAAUGCUGAAGGCUGCUUCAAAGGCCCAUUGUGGAAAGCUUCCAGAUGUGCAUGGAGAGCCUCACUGGGGAGCUUCCCAGUGAGGAGACUUUAGGCCUGAGCCAAGAUGAAGGAAGUCGCUGUGAUGUAUCCCUACCAGGUGGGCUGUAUUCUGACAGAGUCCAGAUUCUACCUUGAAAGAGAGACCGAGGGCAGUUACCCUGUCCAGACGCCUGAGCCAAGCAGCGUAUGUCCUCUUUAGUUACGGACAGCAGUGGUGUUUGCUGGAGUGGGACAGAAAGGUGUUCUCCCAUGCAGGAACUUUCCUGUCAGUUGCUCUUGAUAGUCUUCUCACUCCUCCAGCAUAUUCUGGAAUGUAUGGGAGGGGUUUCAGUUUGGAAAAAUGACCAACCAUGGGACAACUAGAGUCCAGCCCUACAUGAUUCCUCUAAGGUAUAAAAGGCUUGAUGUCCCAUUAUCCUCUUAUUAGACAGGGGAAGUGAGGGGACCUGUGAUAAAUUUCUUUUUUUUAAAAUUGCAUUUUUUAUUUACAUUUUAAAUAUUAUCCCGUUUCCCAGUUUCCCCUCCAGAAACUGUUAUCCCCCCACCCCCAUGCAUCUCUGAGGGCGCUCCCUCAUCCACCCACUCCCUCCCACCUCCCCACUCUGACACUCCCCUACACUGGGGCAUUGAGCAUUGAUAGGACCAAGGGCCUCUCCUCCCAUUGAUGCCUGACAAGGCCAUCCUCUGCUACAUAUGCAAAUGAAGUCAUAGGUCCGUACCUAUGUUCUCUUGGAAUGGUGGUUUAGUGCCUGGGAGCUCUGGGUGGUCUGGCUGGUUGAUAUUGUGUUCUUCUUAUGGUGUUGCAAACCCCUUCAGCUCCUUCAGUCCUUUCUCUAACUCCUCCAUUGGGGACCCUGUUCUCAGCUCAAUUUCUUAAGCCUCAAUUUCUCCAUUUGUAGGGGGCAGUGAUGAGCCCCAAACUAACCUCCUGUGAGAAAGAGGGAUUGCUGUACACAAGGCUGAGCUGCUGCACAUGUAACAUCUGGCACAGCGCCUGGUCCGGAGUGAGGGUGCAGCCUGUUCUCACUUCUCUUCAGUCCAGUUGUUCAGGGGGGCAGGGCUGGUCCCAUUUGGCCUUUAAAUUUUACUUCUGUGGCUCUUUAAAUCCUCUCCCUGUGUAUGUGCAUAUGCACUUAGCUAAGUAUUUUGAGAUCAGUGUAUUUUGGGGAAAGUCCUCUUGUCUCCAGCUAAAAUUAGGCCUCUCUUGCUCCUCUGCUCGCCUGCCCCCAUCCGAUUUUACCUAAUUAAAAGCAUUGACACUCAGCAAGGCUUGGGAGAGAAUUUGGGUGAACAGCUGGGAGUUGCUCUCCAUGCCAACAGCUGCCUCCUCUCAGCAGGCCGGCAGCAGGGAGCCUUGAAGACAAAUUAAAAAAUCUGGCCACAGGGGAACCAUCUGAGCAGGGUGCACCCUGCGUCACCAUGUCCCCUGCCUUCAGCUGAAUGAAAUAGCUAAUGGGAAAGAGGGCAAGCAGGAGAGGAAGGUAUAGAGUGUAGCUAGCUCUCAGACACACCACUGGUACCCAUGUUUAGACUGCAACAUUCACCCUGCCAAAACAGAGAAGCCAUGGGAUGGUGCCAGGCAUGUCUUUAAGAUAGCCUCGUUCAGUUUCUCCCAUGGACUUCAGGGAAAGUCUUUGUGUAACCUGGUGUGCCCAGGUGUACCCUGCCUCACGUCUGGGCAUCACUGCAGCCCGGCCUUUGUUUCUCCCUUUCUCUUCACCAGGCUUUCUCUAAUGGAACCAAAUCCUGAGUUUAGUCUGGACUUCUUCACAAUCCACCUACAUCUUGCAGGCUUCCAUCACCCCAACCCGGCCUUGUAAAUCUGCUGUCUUUGUGUUCUCCCUGAAUGCCCUGUCCAAAGCCUGCAUGUACUACAACCCCCAGAGAAAGGCAUUAAUGGCUCCCAACAGCCAUAGUUUCUGUGUAUAAGGGCUUAGUAUUUUUCCAUGGCUGGGUGUCUUUCCUCUGUAACAUAUGUUUCUGUGUUCCUAUUCCUACCUCAAGAAACUGAAAGAUGCCUUCUAUGGAAAUGUGUGAAGGUAAGACACUAUUAGAUACCCAGAGGUGACAUUUAAACUAUCUGGCUUUCUGCUGCUUUAAAAAGAAAGAGGAAGAAAAAAAUCACAUCUCAGGUGUAAGUGCCCGGUCCUAUAGCACCUCCAAGGACAGAUUCACCUUCCUGAAUAAUUGGGUUUGAGUCACACGACAAGCUGACUUAAGCCUUGCAGUUCUAGGACAGAUCUAGCAGAAUUAUUUCUCUUCACCGUUGUCCACUGAACAGCGUGAGAAGCUGAAGCUGUCAUUCCUGGUCACCCCCAUGAUCCUGUAUGAUUAGGCAGCUCUGUGCAAAUAGCAUCUGGAUUCUCAGGGCCCAGGAUCAGCUCCUUGGGGAAUUCCAUUACUCCACCUGGUGUGGGUUGUUUUACCCUGGGGUCAGAAAGGGUCUCAGGAGACAGCUGUGGGGUCACCUCUGCUGUACUGCUCAGAUUCCCAGUGCUCUUCCUAAAGUAGUUCAUGAACCCCAGACCAAAAUCAUAGGAGGGAGUCCAUUGUCUCUUAUGGCUUCUGUCUCUUCCUAAUCUCUGCUUUUGAUCCAUCACCACAGCCUGUGGUCAGCCUUCAGCAUACCUCUCAUGUCUGGAUAUUAUAAUAAAUACCUCAUUCCUGCAUGCACUUCUAUACAUGCUCCCCACCAUGCUGAACAUUCCAGGGCACCGGUGGGCAGCAGGUGUGGCUUCUUGGAGCUCCUGGAAGAUGCCAGGUCCCCAGAGUACAGCCCUGUCUACCUCAGGGAACUGUCUCCCUGACACUGUUCUCACUCUAGCUGCCCUAACCAGUGCCUUUCUCAUUUCUCCUGUGUUACUUCAGCCCAUACCCUUCAACCUCACUCUGUUUCCUCCUGGAAUAGAUACAUGCUUCUCAACAUCACCUGUCAGUGCCUGUGCAUUCUUGAAAUCUCAGUCCAGGCAUGAAGUCCCUGUGGACCAUGGACAUACAGACACAUACAGUAGGAAACAUUUGAGGCCCAGGAAUGCCACGGCCCUCCUCUGGAUUCUUAGAGCCCCAUAACAACUCCUUGGGGCUAGGGGAUUUCCAUUUCUCCACCAUUUCUUUUCUAAGGGGGCAGAAAGCAUCUCAGAAGAGAGCUAUGUGACCACCUCUGCUGUGCUGUUCUCCCUCAUACUUCCAAGCAGAGUGGACAAGAAAAGGCUGGUUAUGGGAACAAUUGUUAUCCUGCCCCUUCCACUUACCCGUCAGAACUUCUUGGUAACUUAGCAGACUAAUAAGUCCCUUGUACAAAAACUAAGUCAAACAUUCUGGCCCAGGCUGCAAAUAGCCUAACCAGUCUGUCAAGCCAUAUCCUAGCACACUCCUUAAGGAAUCUGUUGUUGUUUUGAGUUUUAAUAGCUGGCGUGCAGGACAGUGUUAAGAACCUUUCAAAGUUAUUGGGUAAUGUUUAUACACACACACACACACACACACACACACACACACCCCACUACCCUUUCACACAAAGGUCCUGGAUCCCAAAGAUUUUCUUUUCCACUUAUCAGACCACUGAGGGUUAAGCCAUUCUCCUUUGGCUGACAUCCGGGUCCUACUGAAGGCUGCCCAGCUCUCCUCAGCUACCAAGAAGGAUCUGCAGCCCAAAGUUGAAGUCCCAACGUUGGUAGAGGGCAAUCUCCUGGCCAUCUGUGAGCAUGUCAGCUAGCAAGGCCUCCUUAGCAUUUUCCCCACUGACUCCACAUUAUGGAGAGGCCAGCAUUUGGGGAUGCUUGCCUGAUGCACAGUAAUACUGAUAUUCCCUCCAUCCUUACCAGGCAAACCUUGCUCCUACUUUAGAGAAGACAAGGCUUAGAACAAUCAAAAAACUUCCCUAGGCUGGUGGAAUAGACAAGUCUCAAACCAGGUCUCCCCAGAGCUCUUGCUACCACACUUAGCUCAGACCUGGAUGUACUGUAGGGAAGGAAUUGAAGCAGCUUUGUAAAAACAGGAACUGCAACACAUCCUGUGUGUUCCUAUAUCACAAGAUAUACAAUAUGGGAUUCCCCUAGGAUACCUCCCCUUCACACGCCUGUGUUCAGGAGCUGAAGAGAGGGAAAGCCUAUCCCAGGACUUAGAGCACUGAUCUGUGAGUCCCAGAACAAAGAGAGAUGAGGACAGCAGACAUGGGGAAGGUCGGAACACAUACCUAAUUCAGAACAUUUACAACUGAGGUGAGGAGCCAGCUCUGGGGUUUCCUGCUUCUUUUCACAUAUCCUUUCAAAGAAGAUUAGCCCUCUCUGUAAGGAAAAAAUCCCACCUCUUUGAGAACAUUAAUUUUGUUCUCAUCUAGAAGCCAUGCUGAGCUACACCAAAGGUAAUGGUAUUUAAAAAAAAUGUUUCCAGAGACACUCCCAGCUGAACACACAAAGAAGCUGGUCCCCAAGGAACAGUGUAAGGAUUGUCUGAAGGGGUCGACAUAGUGAGAUUACAGAAAUCAUAAUAUAUGAAUAAAUGAACAUAUGGAAGAAAUCAGUAAAGCCCUCCCCUUCUUCCCAUAUGUAAACCCGGCCUUCGCAUAAAGUCCUUAAGUAAAUGCAGAUGUACCCAAACCAGGCACCAGAUGGCAAACAAGCACUGGACCAAGAGGUAAAGAAAGCUUUCUAUGUUUAUUCAAAGAUGGGGGAAAGUCAUAAUCCAGAAUGCUGUGGUGUUCUCAGAAGGGCAACCGCGGGUCACAUAAGCCCAACCAAGACGCAAUGCAAGCAAAACAACAUUGACAGAGUUUAUAGCAAUUGUGAUUUGCUGUAGAAAAGCCACUACCAUCUUACGUGACUAGAACCUGAUGUCAGAAGUUGUAUGUUUGGGACAUGAAAGCAAUGUUUAAAGCAAAGGAGCAGGACUAGAUGGGCAGGAGAGCAGCAGCAUUGGCCUUUGCCCGGCAUUCACAUGUGCCAGCAGCUUUGAUGCCUGGUCUCCUUUAAUUCUCUUCACUAUGUACUAGGUAUUGAGAAGAUUCUAUAAGGGCAUUUUAAAUGGAUCAAGAGACGUUAGGUCCCUAGAUUCCCCACCUACCUGGGGAUGUCAGCUUAGCUAUCACCAGUGCUUCCCGGGUUCUGCGCACAGUCUCGGCUUUGUAGUUCUGUGUUGUUGGGAUGAAUACCACUUGACAAGAAAGGCAGGUCCCUGAAGACUCUGGUCAGGGCCUGCCAUAUCCUCUACCCUUCCUGCCCAAACAAGAACUAGGGGACAAUGUUAGCUACCCAGGUACUGCCUUGAGAUCAAAGCAAACAUGCUGUGGGGAAUGAAGCAGAGCAUGGCUCUGUUCUCAUAAACCAUGGCCUUCACCUUCCUCACUGCCUGUUGAGUGUGCAGAAAUCUACAUAUUGAAGGAAGGUUCUGGUAGUGCUUUACCUUCACGUACAGGCUUAAGUGAGCAUUAAGUUACCCUUUCCCGGCAACUCAACGAAAUCACUGUAUGUGGAGUGGUAGGGUGGAAAAUGAUGUCACGCUAGUCAGUCAGGCCUCUUUCCUGAUGCUACGACUAACCGAGCCUGCUACCUCAAGAAGGCCAUGUCAUUCUUUGGAUACACAUGUGAGUGUUAGAGGACAACUUUCAGGAGUCAGUUCUCUCCUUCAAUCAUGUAGAUCCCAGGGAUUGAACUCAAGUUGUCAGCCUUCGUGGCAAGUGUCUUUACCCAUUAAGCCCUCUAACCCAUCACAAUGUCUAAUUUUUUAAUGAAUACUUUCUCAAGCUUACUGCAGUAAUGUCAGUUUCCUGGCAAGAAUCUGGUCAAUAUGAUAUGUUAGCUCCGUUUCCUAUUUCCCACAAUGUUUCUAUUAAAUCGUUUAGCCUCUAUCCCCAUCUUUCCUCUCAUAAAUGAUCUAUUUAUUCUCAACCACCAGCCACCCCUAAGUAAACAUCCAUUAGUGGAACCCUUGCUUGGCUUUGCUGGGACAAUCAAUGCUGGUUAGCUGGAUCUGAGAAAUGAGUGGUGAUUGAGAAGAGACCUGCAUCACUGAGGCAGGAUCUUCUGGGAAGUGUUUCCUUAGGGUCAGUACAUGGAAGCUGUGGUCCAAAAGGGGGAAAGGAGGUAUAUUUUACUGGCAGCUGAAAUUGGUAAUGUAAGAUUUUUGAAGGCAUGAAGGGGAGUAGAGAGCAAUUGUGUCUUGGCACCGGGAAAGGCUAUUGUUGGAUGUGCGGCCUCAGUUGCAGUUGUAAGCUGAAGAUUUAAGGACACAUGGAGAAAGUGGCAUUUGGCCAUGUGAUGGCAUCAGAGCCCUUGAAGAGAGCCCAGGAGAGGUGAAAGUACAGAUCAGUUGCAGCAGAAAUAAAAGCUGUUUCUUGGCAAAGAUUAACAGAUUGACAAACCUUUAUCCAGGUUAACCAAAGGAAAAAGAGAGGAGAAAUGAAAAGCAAAAUAUAACAGACAUGGGCAAUCCAGAGAAUCAUAAGGGAAUAUGUUUCAAAUCUAUGUUCCAUUAACCUUAAAAUUAAAGUAAAACAAUGGUUGACUCUCUAGAUGCACAUGACCCACCCAACUUAAAUCAAGAUGAAGUAAAAAUUUCAAUAGAUCCAUAACACCAAUGGGAUACAAGCACUAAUUAAUAAUCUCCCAACUUAAAAAACCAAACAAAAAAUUCAAGGCCAAAUACUUCAGCAGAGAAUUCUACUAGACUUUCAGAGACGAGCUAAUACCAACGCUUCUCAAAUCAAUCUGUAAAACAGGAAAGAAAGGAGCCCUUUCUCAUUCUGUUCAUAAAGUCAAUGUCACCCCAGCUCCAAACCAUACAAAGACCCAAAAAUAGCCAGAAAGAAAACUAUGAUCUGAUCUCUCUGAUGAUGGAAAAUUCUCAGUAAAAUAUUUGCAAACUGAAUUCAGGAACACAUGAAAGAAAUUAUCCACCAUGAUCAAGUUGGCUUCAUCCCAGAAAUGCAGGGACAAUUCCACAUGCAUAAAUCAAUAAAUGUAAUACACCACAUAAAUACACUCAAGAAAAGAAACCACAUGAUCAUCUCAUUAGACACAGAAAAGGCCUUUGACAGAAUCCACCAUCCCUGCAUGAUAAAAGUUCUGGAGAAUCUAGGAAUAUAGGGGACGUAUCUCUCAACAUGAUAAAGGCAAUGUACAACAAAGCCACAGCCAACGUCAUGCUAAACUCAGAGCAUUUCUAUUAGAAUUAGGAACAAGGCAAGGAUUCUCCAGUUUAUUCCCCCUUAACCAAUAUAGUGCUUGAAGUCUUAGCUAUAACUGUAAGACAAGUGAAUAUUAAACAACAGAUAAUUGUAUCUCUCACCUUCAUCAAAGAAGCUUUGUUUUACAACAGAUGAGGAUAUUUCAGAGAUCUGCAACCAGUCACGAUGCAGAAAAUAAGUGAUCUUUGGGGUGGCCAGUCCGAACUGAUGCAUCUUUGAAGCUACAUUACAAUCCCUCAGUCUAACACUAGGGGGUUAGAUAAUAGAAGACAGAAAAAUCCAGAGGACAAGGAUGUCCCUUGCUAGUGUCUUUUAGAUAUGACAGGAAGCAAAACCUGUGAAAUGUCCAUGUUUGCCUAAACAAGACCCACAUAUGACAACACUAGUUGACAUACCAUAUACUAGAUUUCACUCCCUCUUAUUCUCUGCUUCAGUAUCCAUAGUCCAGCAUUAAAUGAAGGCAUAAUGAGGGCAGAACUUCCUGGUUCCCUGUUGUAUCCAUGGCGCAUAGCACACCGGGGGUGUAAUAAUUCACAGUAUCUAUUGGUUCAUCGAUAAAACCAACGUUCAGUUUCAGACUUCCCAUUUUGAAGAAGUUGAGAUCUGAGGAAAUGAGGCAACUUAAGUAACUGAGCCCAGACUAAGAUUAAUACAGGCUCCACGCCUCCUGAUUUUGCAGUACCCCAUGUGCCUGUCUGUAAUAUUGUUUCUGGAGGGAAGCAGAUUGAAUCCCUGUCUUGGGAAAGCCCAAACAAACUUACAUUUGUAAACACAGCUGAUAGUGUUGUUUUCUUCGUUUGUUUUCUGUGAAAUGCCUGAAAGUCCAACCCAAGACUAGAUUCUGUUUUUUCCAUUCGUAGAAGCACAUACAGCUUUUGUUGUCUACAAGGUUAUUUUUUUUCUGUUGAUUGUUCAUCUUCCUCCCCCCUCAGUUAACUGGAGGAGUCAGAUGGCAUUCAGUGUUGAAUGGUCCCUAAAUUUCGUUUCCUAUUUAUCACAGCACUGUCCUGUGACAUAGAGAAGGUCAGGAAGUGUUGCCUUUAAGCAGUGAUUCUCAGAGAACAUGACAGUAUCUUGUAUAGAACUAGGAAAGACAUGAGUAUAAUAACUGUCAUCAAAAUAACUAAUAUUUUUAGGUAGUACUUAAUACAAGAUGCUAUUACUAAUCAUUUCCACAUACAUAUUCUAUCUUACCUUAACAGUUCUAUGAACAUUUACCUUAUUUCUAUUUUCAAUAUGAGUAAGUUGAGGUGCAAAGCAGUUAGUAAAUUGCCUAAGCCAUUUAGUUAGCCGGUAAAGAUCGACGGGCAGUCCUGAACCCAGUCUUAAUGGUCUUAUCACUGUCUACAAAGAAUUCACUGAUUUUACAUUUAGGAAAUACUACAAUAUAUAACCAAGAGCCUAAUUUUGUGUAGAUAUGCUAGGCAUGUAGAUAUGCCACCCUGAGUUUUUUUAAUUUGUGAAUUUGUUUCAUUGUCUGUUUAUUCUUUCUAAAUGCACAGUUGCAUUAUUUAUAUGAGUUGCUGUAAAUACAGGUAAAAUAAAUGCCCUCUAACUCUCAUAGCCCAGUGGAGAAAAUUUACCAGGAAAAGGAUCACUAUUCUACUGUGUCCUAUAUAACAAAGUGAAAGGAAAGCAGGGUACUGGGGUAACACUAGAAAGAUCAUAAGCCAACCUGAAAAGUCAGGCACUGGUUUUUCCUGGAUGUGCUGCCCUCCAUUUCCUCUCUUUGCUGGACCCCCACUUUAUCGCUCUCCUACUAGCUUCCCACUUUUCUUCCAACUUCUUUUCCCUGGCCUCCCCACUUCUUCACUUCUUUCACAUUCAGCUUCUUUGCUUCUCUUCUUCCUAAGGUUGAUUUGAGAUGAAUUCAGGCUGGGCCAGAAGAAUUCCAAGGUUAGACUCCACUGCCAGUAAGAUGACUCUGGCUCUGAAGAGCUGGUGAUCCCAAGUUAGGACCUAUGAUAGAUGAAUGGACACAGGGUGUUCUAGAUUACGUGGUUGCUCAUCCAUGUCAACAUAGAGCCACAAACCUGGUGAGCCAGCAUCCUGAAUAGUUCAUUCUAUGUUCACUAUAUAAUACCAUUGCAUACUGUAGAUUUUAUUAAUUAACUUAACCCUUAACUAUUUCAUACAUGUAUAUAAUCCACAGUGAUGCUCAUGACAGCCCCCUUCCUUAUCCCCUUCCCAUCCGUGUCUACCUUCUUUCUUCCCUACAAAUCACUUCCUCACAUUCCUGUUUUUCUUGUUGUUGUUUUGUGAAAUAACUGGGUUUGACCAGAGCCAUUUCCGGGACUAUAGAGUAGAGCUGUUUAUCCACUGGUGCCUGGUGGGCUCAGCACAGAGUACACAACUGAGGACAAUGAGUCUCCCUCUUCUAGAUCAUACUAAUAGUAAGUAGUUUGGAAAUAAGGGGAUGAUUUCAUGAAACCUCCUCACAUCCAUGUAUGAGUGUUGACAAGCCCUGUGCAGAUCCAAUACAAGUAGCUACAGUUCCUGUGAGGUCAUGUUUGCAAUGGUUGUAUAAUGCCUAGAAGAUGACAUUUUGUGACCCUCCUUCCUAUUUUCAGCUGUUGUAUUAUUCUGCACUGCUUCUCUGACAUGUUCCCUGAACUUUAGAAGAGAUAGUAUGUAUGUCUUAUUUAGGACUGUGCUCCUAAUUCUCUCUACUCCAUAACAUCUUGGAUAGGCUCAAGUCUCCACAUUGACUGUUGUCCAAUCAAAAGCGAAUCAACUCUGAUGAAGUAUGACAGUUGUUUUGUCUGUGGGAAUAAACAAGGUUUAGGAGGCUGUUUGAUCAAUCUGGUUGAACAGUGGUAGUAGGUCCCUUGGUUCUAUGACCUCCUCAGGCAUGGGUUGUGGACUGGGCUUAAAGUACCUAACACAGAUGCCUUCCUGUGAAGCCAGCCUCAAAUCCAACUAAACACCAAAAUAAUUCAACCUGUCCUGAAAAAUAGUUCUAUGUAUUUCAUCAACCAAUUGAAUUUGAUGACUAAGAGAAUGUUAAUGGUGAUGUUGGUCAAUAUAUUUGACAUAGAUAUAGGCUGGCCUAAUGUGGAUGGCCAUAUAUCAUGGUCUGUAAGUUACCCUAAGACAAAGAAGGCUAGGAGUUUAAAGAAAAGGGUGGAAUAAAGAUUCUAGGACUUUCCAAGGAAUUAGGAGUAACAUUUGGUAGAGACAAUUAUACCAGUGAGAGAACUGGACUGUGACUGUUGGAAUGCAUGGACACAUAGCAAGCCUGAGAGCUGAGUUCCAGUGUUUGGCUCUGGGAGUUCUGGAGUCCAAAAAAAAGUAUCAUAUGGUCUUAGAAACAGACCCUGAAGUAUCCCUGAUGAGUCAUGGGGUGGGUAUAUAGUUCAGGAACGUGAGCUUUACUGGAUAGAUUAGUAUAAAAGAGAGGCUGGUGAGAAUGGUCCAGUGAGGGGACAGGUAUUGCUGUGUCUCAGUCAGGCAAAAUGAGCCUCAGAUGUGAUUUUUUUUUAUGAAAACAGCAUUUUCAGAUAGAGCAAGGCCGAUGCAGUAUGGACUGGCAGAGACAGCAUGCACAAGACCUGCAUAAGCUUGAGCCAGACAAAAUCUGAGCAUGGAAGAGGGGGACGUGGGCAGCAAGUCCUGCUCCUGGCCAAGAAUCUGAGAAGAUAUUUGCAAUUAAUAACUGUUGAAAGCAGGAAAUUCAGAGUUUUCUUCAGUGGAGUGACACUGAGUAUGUCAACCACAUUCCAGGGCAGGCCCCGAGCUCAGGAAUAACUAACAAAAAAAGGACUCUGUAUGUUUUUGUUCUGUGUUUGGUUUUGGUUUUGGUUUUAAGGUUUAUUUACUUUUACUUUAUGUGUAUGAUGGCCUUGCCAGCAUGUCUAUGUAUGUGCCUGGUGUCCAAGGUGGUCAGAAUAAGUCAGUGGAUCUGCAGAACUGCAAUUCCAGAUGCUUGUGAGCUGCUGGGAAUUGAACCUGGGUCCUUGGCAAAAGCAGCCAUUGCUCUAACUGUUGAUUCGCUUCUUCAGCUCUCUGGGUUUUGUUUUGUUUUGUUUUAAGAGUGAGAAAGAAUAUGAUGAAAUGGAUUGGGUACAGAAGUAUGGAGAAAUCUGGGAGGAUUUGGGGGAUGGAAAAAAGUGUGCUCAAAAUAUAUUGUAUGAAAUUCUCAAAAAAACAAACAUAUUUUAAAACUAAAAAUGUCUACGCUAGAAUAAAGAAUUCAAUAAAACUAAAAGUGUUCAGUGGAUUCUGCCCUCUCCAAGGUCCACAGUUGACAGUCCACAGUAACUAGUGAGGAAUAGAUUUCAGAACUCCAUCUUUCAACUGAAGGAAUCAAGUAAGUGGGUGUUUAUAAAACAUUAGCUAUAGUAAAUCCUUGAUAACAUACUAGCUGCCAUCACUACUACCACUGUUAUUGUUAACGAGGCCAUUGUUUCUGUUACAGCUCAGUGAGAUACUUCAUGCCUUCUCAGAAAUGUCACUGGGAUCAUUUCAAUCCCAGUAAACAAUAAGUGACUAAUUGAGCUCCCCUGUUUACAUUUUUAGAGUCUAUGAUCUUUCUGAUGCUUUUAUUAAGAAGCCUUAGAAAUCUGAUAAAAAUGAGUCAAGCUCAUAGAAAUAGGAUGAAUUGCUCAUUAUUCAUAUUUAGACCCAAUCCUUACCAGCCAAGGCCAUGUAUUAGGACUCUACCUCAAAGUCUCUUGACAGGGAUAGAGUCACUUCCCUGUGCCAUGUUGACGCAUGUCUAAUCAAGAAUAAAAUGGCAUGUUGCCAUGAAGUUUAGUAGAUGUGUGUCCUGUUGGAAUGAGACUAGGAAAACCGCAGAAACUCAGAAGUAACUUGUUGGCUGAGAGUUAAUUAUGAUAACACACACACACACACACACACACACACACACACACACACACACACACACACACACACACAGGAACGCCAAACUAACUGCAGAGCUGGCAAGAUUUUAGAGAUAAUUUAAGCCAAUGCCUUCACUCUGCUGAUAAGGUGAGGUCAAGGAAUGGGAAAGGCCUUGCUCAGGGUCAUACACAUGGUAGUAAUUUUGUUUAGUUUGUUUCAAAAAGUAACAUGAGCAGUUUCUCUUAACAUCAAUUAGUCUGCCUCUUUAAGCACAAAGUAGUGACCAUGGUUAAAUGUGACUUUGACAGGGGAAAAGAAAGCUUUGAGAAUUUUAUAGGGUCUCAGAACCAUCACAUGGAGGGUAACUGUGAUGGGCUCAGCCCGGGCAUCUGCCUGGUGAGCAUGAGCUCCUGACAUGGGCACCAUUUUACUCAUGACUUGAAGCAAGCUUGUAAUUUAUUAAUUUAGGAAAAUCAUUUGAAUGCUUGGAGCCUGAAUUUCCUCAUUUAAAUAGAGACAGAACCACCACCCCCCAGAAUUUGUCAAUCAAAUGUACAGUCCCUUGCAUUAAAUAUGCUUUUGAUAAGUUGAUUCUCUCAGCUGACAUUUAAUAGUCUACUGAAUGCUCUUGGUACAUGAAGAAGAAUGCUACAGACUCUGAGCUUCUGGUUCUGGAAAAAGGAGGAGAAGUGAGGGGCCUCAUGAAAGGAAGUAAAAACUAAGCCAGUUAGCAAUAGAACUUCAGAUGACACUAUGUACAGGGUGCCUUGUGAAGUUAAGAAAGUAUGACGGUACGGCCGCUGGUAUUUAGAACAGGACUGAGUCAACUAAGGAAGACCAAAGGUAAGUCUAGGAGACAGUGCAUAUGAAGAGGCCCUAAAAGAAAAGGCCAGUCAGUCAAUGUUUCCUGGUAGAGGUACAAAUUGGGAAGGAACAAUUUUAGCAUGGUCAGUCAUUAAUAUGAAAGCUAGGAUUUCUAGAAUGGCUCACUAGGAGUGCAGUGAAUCUGGCAAUGCUGGAAACAGGCACAAGCUCCAUCCUGAAGGUUUCAGACACUGAAAGUUUUAUGAAGUCUGAAUUUCACCACAAAGUCUUGGUAUUGAUCACAAGUUUUAAGAGGGGACGAAAUUGUGAUGUAUUAUGUAAUGCCAUUGUCUUUCUGCUCCUAAAAGGCAAACUCCUUAAACCUUUGGAGUCUCCAAAAUGGUAUCUUCUUGAAUGCUCGUGAGAAGGUUAAUGACUGGAAGACUAUAGAUCCUUCGAAUUGGGAAUGGGUAGUUAGGAAUGCUCAAACAUGAUCAAAAGUCCAGAACUUUCAGCCUCUCCAUUAACUUUCUAAGAUAGAGAAUAAGGUUCUCGCCAAUGAUUCCAUUUAAAAAAUCUCCAAAUGAUGAUUCAGAUAGACCCUAGGUGGAUGACCACAGGCAGGUCAUGCAGAUUGCCAUGCCCAAGAAAGAGCAUAGACCCUUGCUGUGUCCUUGUCUUUCUGCCUUUCUACUACCUGCAUAGGAUUUGUAGCCCUGGUAACAUAUUAUUAAUAGGAAGUGAACUUUUCCUACAUUAUGUGUAUCCAUUCAAGCAAAUUGGGAAACCUGUGAUUUAUACUUAGUCAGAUUUAUAGAGAGACUUCAGGCUUGUAACUAAAGUUGAGAAAGUCUUUGAGGCUUGCAGUAGAAGGAUGACACUGACUCUGGGUAGUUAGUACUGGAAUUUAAUUGUGUAACGUGGUGAUGUCUACAGAAUUAGAAGUUGAUUGGUACAAGGGUACAAGGUAGUCCCACACCUUUGAUGUCAGAAGUGCCAUGGGUAAAAACAACCAGAGACAAAAUCUAAUUUACUUCAUUUGAUUGAUGCAGCACAUCCUGAUGUAUUGCAGAGUCCAGCCAAGCAUGGGUUUUAGUGCAGUGAUGAAUCAAAGAUCAGAUCUGGCCUGUGAAUCCCGCACACUAGCAGAAUAACAAGAUACACAAGGCUCUGAUGUGCUACAACUAUCUCACAUAGCUGCCCUGGCAAUGUUGCCAAGCUUUUCAGAUGCAAAAACACCCAUAAAGAAAGCAAGGUAUUUGCCUGAUCACAGCCUCAGAAUGAGUCCACAGAGAAGUCCAACUGUUAAUGCCGACAAGCUAUUACAGUUUUGUUUAAUUGCCACACUUCAUUUUCCUCUUUCUGACUAGCCACAACCUCUGUACAAAGAUGGAGGUGAAAUCAAGAGAACAAUUAAGAAUAGUGGUCAAAGUUGGGUAGGGAAUAUUCAACAAUACUCUGAGUAGAUACUAUUACUCCCAUUUUGCAGAUGGAAAAACUGAGUUUGAAUUUGCAUAUCUACUAAGCAACAGAAUUAACCUAAGCCCAUUGACUUCUAUGUAAUAUUUUUCUAGUAGCUGCUCUAUUUCCUAUAGAACUAGACAUGCCCCAUUACUCCCUUUCUUUAGGUCAAGAGAAUAUUAUGAUAGAGCUAUAUUUUAUAUAGAAUUGAAGAAGUUUUGUUUUGGUAGGCUGUUAAAAACCAAAAAAGUAAAAUUUAAGCAUGUGACACAUUUAAAACACAGUAAUUGCUUUUACAAUUUGAAAAGUAAGGCAUAGUAAAGAUGAACUGACUUACACAUGUUAAAUGUCCAGUUCUGUGAGUUUUAAAAGAUGUGCACACUUGUGUAAUUAAGCAUAUGUGUAAGUGUCUGUGGUAGAUAUAGGAUAUUCAGAAUGGUGCAUGGAACCCUGGUCUUCACAUCAUGGCGGAUAAAGACACCCCACUCCAUCUCUUCCUGCUUCUCAGCUGAUGUUGUUUUCAGUGUGUUGGGGUGACAGAGAGCCAGCUGCAAGUCAAAAGAUGACCAUGCCAAAAAUAAGAAACAAUAAUAUAAACAAAAGAACAAUUAGCCAUUUCUUACUACUUGGUAAAGGAAAAUCACAUUGCUAUUUUUUUCUGUUUUUCUAUGGAGGGGGUCAUGAGUCCCAGCCCACACAUACUAGCACAUGAAUUUGUUGUUCCAGUAAAAUGAGUCAGAGUUUCUCAAGAACACAGAUUCAUGUAUUUCAGAACUAUGUGUCAGCAUCUUUUGAGAAAGGUACAGUCCCUGUAUUAGAGGGUUUUCUCUCUCUCUCUCUCUCUCUCUCUCUCUCUCUCUCUCUCUCUCUCUCUCCCUCCCUCUCUCUCUCUCUCUCUGUCUCUCUCUCUCAUGCAUAUGCACA